AGAUUGAGUUCACUUCAGGAACUUCAGCUCCUUGAUAUCAUGUGCAACUAUUUCCAAGAGCAAACCAAGGACUCAGUCCGGCAGAUCAUUUUCUCAUCUCUCUUCAGCCCUCAAGGAAACAAAGCAGAUGACAGCAGGAUGGCUUUACUAGGAAAGCUGGUUUCCAUGGCAGUGGCUGUGUGCAGGGUUCCUGUUUUGGAGUGUGCUGCCUUCUGGCUGCAGCGGACCCCUGCUGUGUACUGCGUGAGGCUGGCCCGGGCCCUGGUCGAUGACUACUGCAACUUGGUGCCAGGGUCCAUCCAGACGCUGAAGCAGAUAUUCAGUGCCAGCCCUCGCUUCUGCUGCCAGUUCAUUACGUCCGUCACAGCUCUCUACGACCUCUCCUCAGAUGACCUCAUCCCUCCCACAGAUCUGCUCGAGUUGAUUGUUUCCUGGAUCUUUGAAGACCCCCGUUUGAUCCUCAUCACCUUUCUAAACACUCCCAUUGCAGCCAACCUGCCAAUAGGGUUUUUGGAGCUCACCCCUCUGACUGGACUGAUCCGUUGGUGCGUGAAGGCCCCCUUGGCUUAUAAAAGGAAGAAGAAAGCCUCUCUGUCAAAUGGACAUCCUCCCAGCAAAAUUGCCAAGGACUCGACUUCAGGAGAAGACAGAGAUUGCCAUCAGCUGUAUUCAAAACUGCAUCUAAGUGUCCUGCAGGUUCUUAUGAUGCUUCAGGGGCAUUUAACAGAGAAGAACCUUUAUGGGCGCCUGGGGCUGGUACCCUUUGACCACGUGGUUCCGCUUGUCGAGGAAAUUAACAGACUGUCUGAUGAACUCAAUCCUCUCAAUGCAUCCAAAGAGAUUGAACUGGCUCUAGACAGACUCGCUCAGGCUUUGCAAGUGGCCAUGGCAUCGGGAGCGCUCCUGUGCACUAGAGAUGACUUGAGAACUGUGUGCUCCAGGCUACCGCAUAACAACCUGCUCCAGCUGGUGAUUUCGGGUCCAGUACAGCAACCAACCCACGGCGCUCUGCCACCAGGAUUUUAUCCUCAUAUCCAUACUCCUCCUCUGGGCUACCCUGCUCACCCGGCUCACCCGGCGCUUCCGGCUCACCCGGCGCUCCCAGCUCACCCCGUACAAACAUUUAUACCAGGAAUGACAUUCCCAUACCGACCUAUUCGCUAA